GUGGCGGUAAUGAGCCCAGAUUGUUGCACGUCUUCUGACAGAAGCCAAGGAGGAAGACGGACCGGUGGAUUUAUGACAGGCUGGUUGAGGUGAAAAAAAAUGAAGAUUCUGAUGGUGUUUGACUUUGACCACACUGUCGUUGAUGACAACAGUGACACCUGGGUGAUCAGAUGCCUUCCAAGUCAGACUCUUCCUGACUCUGUGAAGAAUUCUUACAGAAAAGGUCGCUGGACAGAGUUUAUGGGCAGGGUGAUGAGCUACAUAGGCGACCAGGAGGUCAACCCCGACAGGGUCCGCAGUGUGAUGGAGACUAUCCCCUUCACGCCUGGAAUGACCGACGUGCUGACAUUUAUAUCAGAGAAUAAAAGCAGCAUUGACUGCAUAGUCAUCUCUGACUCCAACACCUUGUUCAUAGACUGGAUCCUUCAGGCAGCGGGACUCCAGGCAGCUAUCGACCAGAUUUUCUCCAACCCGGCUAAGUUCAAUGAGUCUGGGUACAUGGAGGUACAGUGCUAUCAUUCUCAUGACUGCGAUCGAUGCCCUGUCAACCUCUGCAAGAAAAAAGUCCUGGAGCUUUACCUGUCUCAGCAGUCUGACAGAGGUGUGGGAUAUAAGCAGAUCUUUUACGUGGGAGAUGGCGGGAAUGAUCUCUGCCCUACUUCUUGUCUGAGAGACCACGAUGUUGUGAUGCCUAGGAAGGGGUACACUUUGGAGAAACUGCUCGCCAAACUGGAAGGUCAGGAAGGUAACGCUUCUGUAAAGGCUGGGGUCAUUGCCUGGAGCAGUGGCACUGAGAUCCUGCAGGAGCUGAAAACAAGUAUGCAGUCAUAGCCGCAGCCAGAGGAGUGAUUCACUUCUUGGAUCUAAGUGAGAUAUUUGCACUUAUUGCAGAUAUUGAGUCUGUAUUGUAGAGGAGACAAUAUACUGUACUUUGGUGUUUUUACAUUGUCAUUACAGUAUUUAUAAUUGAAAGACUUUAAGAUGGAUGAUACAACUAUAUACAUUUAUUUACAAGUCUCUGAAAAUUACUAAUUCAUCUGCAAGGAGUUUGACCCGAACAGUAACAGCCCACAAAUUAUGGAUGGACUUUCCUAACCAUCUGAUUCUAAAACAGUUUCUGGGCAUUAUUUGCUCCUGCCAUGUUUUUACUCACCAUGAGCAUUUUUCUUUGCAAUAUAUAAUCCUGCUCCUUUAUGGAAACAGCACAACUAUAGCAAAGAGAAGAGGGAACUCAAAAAUGUUCUCCGUCCAGCAUAACAUAAUUAAAAUAGAAUUUGUCAUAAAAAAUAUAAAGUUACUUUUCUUGGUUUAUUUAUUUUACAGAAUUUUAAAAAAUCCCAGGGGUGUCCUCACUUCUCAAAAACACAAUGCUGCCUAUACUUACAAGAGAUAUUUUACUAAGAUUUUAAAUUUGUUUCCAUACUUGUCUGUUUGCUCUGUGUAAACACAACCUGAGGUCAGUCCCAGUUCUUUCUGUUUUCACAGACAAACCAUUUGAUAAACGGUGUAAUUUUUGAUGAUUUAGAAUUUUUUUUAUUAUUUUCUUUGAUUAUUUGUUGAAAGAUAAUAUACCUAUCAUAUUCAUCCUAGGGUUACAAAGGGAGGAUUUGUCCCUCAUCUGAUGUUUGUCAAUGGAGACUUGUGAGACUGAUCAAAAUACAUAAAUAGCACAGCAAUAUUUCCAUGUGCAGUAUAUGUUGCUUGCCCAUGAUUCUAUUGAAGUUGUAUUUAGUUUAGUAUUUUAGACCUCAGUUGUUAUCUGAGGCCUGAACAGGGGGAGGUAGCAAGUUAGCAGGAUCUGUUGAAGGGAAAUUCAUGGAGAUCUUGGACUUGACUCUCCAUGAACAGAGUUUACAGAAGAAUCUAUUACGGACAGUAGGCUGAAUCUAAAGGCAGGCUGGUGUACUGAAACGUAUAGUCAUAGGAAUAAUUAUUAGAUCACCCUUGUUUUCUUCAAUUUCUUGUUCAUUUUAGUGCCUAGUACAACUAAAGGUACAUUUCUUUGGACAAAUAUAAUGACAACAACAAAAAUAACUUGUAGAAGUUUCAUUUAAGAGCUAAAAUCUAGCCAUUUUACAUUGUUUUCUGGAUAACCAAAAUCACUUCAGUGAUCUUACAUCAACAGCUAUGGCAAUGUACUGCUAAAAACAGUGCUUUUAGGCAGUCCAUGUUUUCUUUUCUGUCUGUUUUAGUCACAUGAUACACACAGGAGUUAGUACUUGAUUGCAUAACCAUUGUUUCUGAUGACUAUUAUCAUGCGUCUUGGCAUGCUCUCCACCAACUUCUGACAUUGUUCUGCUGUCACAGCAGCCCAUUCCUGUUGCACAAAUUUAAACAAAUUUGUUUUGUUUUUGGGCUUGCCGUUCUCAAUUUUGAAUUAGAUUAUUUUCCACAGGUUUUCAGUUGGAUUUAGAUCUGGUGAUUGAACAGGCCAAAGCAUGGUUCCAAUGUUCUGGUUCUCCAUCCAGGCUUUAACUGACCUUACUUGAACUUGUGUGGCAAGGGGCAUUAGCUUGUUGGAAAAUCCAGUCAUUAGAGGCAGGAAAGGGUUUUCCAGCUGAUGGAAGAAGACUGUUUUUAAGAGUAGCCCUGUACAUGAUCUGUUUCAUUCACCCGUCACACAUUUGUGAAUUCCACUCAUACUGAAACAACCCCAGAUCAUCACUGAUCCACCCCCGUGUUUUACCGUAGGAUCGCGACAGUCUGGUUUGUAGGCUUCUCCAGGCUUCCUCCUAACCAAUAAGUUGCCUGGAGUGGGCAUCAAGUGAAAAUUGGAUUCAGCACUGAAGAGAACCUUAGCCCAAUGAUCAACAGUCCAAUCCUUGUGAUCCCCAGCAAAGAGUAACUGGACUUUCCUCUGCCUUUCGUCGAUGAAGGGCUUCUUCCGUGCCCUGUGUGACUUCAGACCAGCUUCGAGAAGUCAGUUUAGAACUGUCCUUUUCAAACAAGUCACAUUUAUUGACAGUGCCCACUCAUUCUUAAGGUCUCUGGAAGUCUAAUGACGAUUCCUGACACAGGAAGGGAUGAGUGCACACUCAUACCGCGGGUUUUAGAGAUGUUUCCUGCCAUGCCCAGCUAGUAAUUUGGUAGUACCAUGUUCGGCUUUCGUUUUUGUGGUUUUCUGAACGGCUGUUUUGGAGACCUUAAGUUUUUUUGCUAUCUGUCUCUUACUCAUGCAAAUUUCCAACAGUGCCAAGAUGACUGUCUUCUUGGCUUCACACAGUUCUUUUGUUUUAGGCAUUAUGUGAGAGCUGACAACUUCUGAGUUGUGCUACAGCUUGAAUAUAAGCAGGAAACCACUUUAGGCCUUUGCACAUGCAGUGGUGCUCAUGACAUGAAAUGGCCUCUUGGAUACCCUGGGAAUACAAAUAAUUUUAAACAUGUCAAAAAGGACAUAAAGUAUUAUGUAAUCGGGUUAAUUUUUUGUUAUAUUCAUUGUAUUCUUCAGGUAACAUAUCUUUAGUGGUACCAGGCAUUGAAAUGAACAAGAAAUGGAAGAAAACAAGGGUGGUCGAAUAAUAUUUUCCGUGACUGUAUAUCAUUCAUUGCAACAUUCACUCGGUUGUGUGAAAAUGCUGCAGCUGCCUUUUAUGUAGGAUGAACGCAUUUUGAGUCAUUGUUUGAAGGCACAAGUGUCACAUUUCAAACAGUGUAAACCAUUUUAGUUUACCAACAUGACAACAACAGGAGCAGCAAUGGUUCCCCGUACAAUAAGAGUACAUACAAAGUAAAAUGAGUUCCUUUUCUUAUCCUCUUUUUUUUUUUAAAUCAUUUAUAAGAUUUAUAAGGGCAGUCACUACAUGCUGCACACUGUUCUCACCGUAAGAGUUCAAUGAACAAAAUGUCUUCAAAGCUUUUAGUAUUAUUUAAAUAAAAAGGGACAUGCUUUGGGGUGUAAUAAAUGUUCUAAACUUUGAGAAAUACUUUCUUUUAAAAAGCAAGAUAGAAAGAUUGAUGCUGCUUUCACAUCUGCACACAUAAUAUAAAGUUUAAGCCAAAGGCAGCUGCUACUUGUAUUAGCAUUAGAACUUGAAACAUGGGAAAAUGUCUAAUUUUCAUCUAGUUAAACUUUUUAAAAGUACACCUGAGUCAGUCAUUGCCUCUCUGAUGCACCAAAGUGCACAGAUUUUUUUUUUCAGAAUCUGGUGCAAAGUGGUUGUUUUUGCUGAAAAUUUUAAAGUAAUAUGUACAUUUUUUGAAGGAUUUUGAAGUUUAAAUGAUGAGUUGAAGGACUGCCCUAUAGGUAAAAAUUCUGUCUUUUUUUUUUUUAACAUUUUCUGGCUUUGAUAAAGGGGCUAAUUGUAGCCAUUUUUUUUAAACAAUCACAAUAUGCCUUUCAAACCGGUCAUCAGUUUUUGUGGUUCAGGUUGUUAGUGUCAUUGCAAUGUGCUUUUAAGUUAGUCAUCACCUCAGCUGUGCUUGCAGAGCACUUAAACUAACUUUACAAUUUACACUAUCAGUCAUCCAGUAACACUUGACCUUUUAAUGUGCUGCCAGUAUAUUUUUUAAUUGCACUAGAGUUUUUGUCACAGUAGACAUUUUAACUUGACAUUGCAGGAGAAGCACAGGCAAUAUUGAUGGCAGUAUGCUGUGUUCCAUUCAAGUGUCCCAGAAAGUGUAGUAGGACCUUGAAACUGAAGCAGCGAAAUGAAACCCAGCCAUCCUUCACUGUAUUAAUCACAGCUGUGCUUUUCCAACAUGCUUGAAUGUCUUCAGUGGAAAAGGAAUAUGUAAUUUUAGAAUAAUGGCUAUUGCCAAUAUUUUUGUACUCUUUUGUACAUUAACUUAUCUCAGAUGAAUAACAAGCUAAACAGGACAGUAGAAAUUCAACGCAGUAUGUAUUUCCAUAUCUGAAAUAUUUUUCUUGUUUUCAAAGAUUACAAAUUAUAUGGCUAAAUUAUAUGUCAAAGGUGGUGUUUAUGUUCUUUUUAUUGGAGUAGAACAGUGUGGACUUUUGGAAUUAUUGUUUUCUUAUGUUGUGUACUGUUUUGUGGCUGUAACAUCUCUGUCCUCCAAUGAUGUUAAUUGUAUUUUUUGAAAUCCCACUUGUGUCCCAUUCACUUCAUUUAUAUCUAUGAGAAAACAUGAAAUUAUCUGAACUUUUCAAUGGUAGUAUAUAUGUCUUGCCUCCAAAUAACAGUUCAGUGAACAAGUAGUCACUAACAGAGUGUUAGAUUUCCACGUGCCACUUCAAAAGAAAACUUUUCAGUGGUGUUGAAAGAAAGCCUCUUAAAUCGUCCGGCUGACUAAAGUGCAUGGCUUUAUUUCAUACAGAUUACAUCAGAUAAGACUGACAUGCAUAGGUAAUGAUGUAAUAUUGCAUCAGCUUUAGCUAGUGUUAUAAGUGUUUUAAGCAAGCUCAGCAAGAGUGAGUCAUCCUUUGCUUGUAUCGGGAUGUACCUGGUGAACUUUUCAUUUUGUUCUUUAUUUAAAAUGAAGCAAGUUGAGGGCACGUGGUAAAUGUUGUUAAUCAAACCUAUUUUACAAAAGUGGCAAAUUAUAUUGUUGGCAUAUUUUAAAAGCACCUGCCACAUAUGAGAUUGAUGCUUGUCACUGAUGUAAAUUAUCAUCUUGGUGAUCAACUUUCUUUAAACAUCUCUGUAAAUGUUCAUGAAAACAUGCACCAAGUAAUUUAACACUGUUCAGAGGCAGCAUGUUAAAAUGUUGAUAUGUUUUCAAUCAUAAGUUUAAAAUAAUGCAACUAAAACCAGAAACCUCUUUA